UGUCUUUGUCUUAUGGCUCUUUUCCGUCUGUGCGGCCGGGCGUUGGGGUCUGGGUCGCGCCUGUCGUGAGGUGCCCGGGGCUGCGGCGGGGCGGCCACGUCGUCGCGUGGAAGGGGUCAGGCCCUUGUGAGACCCCAGCGCGCGCUCCGAGGCGAGCCUGGGGAUCUUGGCGGGGUGGGCAGUGGCGUCCGAAGAGGCAGGCUGGUGGCCCUUUAGGGGCCCUCAGGGUGGGGAGGACUCCUGCCCCCGGAGCGAAUGAGGGUUUUCAAGGCCAGCGCUCCUUGGCCCCGCAGCUGGGCUGCGCCAUUUCUGUUUCCCACGUCGCAGAAUUCCGCCAUUUUGUCCGUUUUUCUUGGGGGUGGGGGUGGGGGGGAGCGCGUGUGACCCUGAGUUUUUUUUGCUGAGGUUUUCCACUUCUGGCUGCAUGAGCUUCCCUUAGGAAGUCGCUGUUUUUUUCCAUUCCACGUGGCUGGCAUUUUAAUGCAACGUGGAAUAAAGAUAUGGGGGGAGGUAGAGGCAGGAUCUCCGGGUUUACCAAGAGCUAAGUGGGAGUGUGGAGUCUGUAGAUGAAUUACGGGGUUUCUGAGAACCACAUGGGUGCGGUCUUAGGAGACAGCAAGUGGGGCCUUUAUCCUCAGGACUCAUUCGGACACGGUCCCUCCAAAUACCAGAGUUUUGUAUUCACCCCAUGCACGAGUUUCGGGAAACGUUACUUCUGAGCUAAUUGGUCCUUAAUUCAGGUCUUGGACAUCCGUUUCCCCAUCGCCGAGGAAGCCCGGCCCCGGGGCAGCUAGCUGAUUUUCUAUGUCCCCACCGAGACCCAGCAAAAAUCCUCCCUGAGUUUCUCACUUCAGGCAGCCACCUGAAAAUCUGUCGAACUUCAUCCCAAGUGUUGCCCUGUCACAAGUGGAAGGAUUUUUUUCCUCCACCACUGGCGCGCCCUCUUUUCGCCAUUUUCCAAUGUAUUCCUUUCUCAUCCCCCUUUUUUUUUUACUUGUUAAAAUCCUCACACAUGCGGGGAAAUACACAUAAGUUUAACAUUUUGCCAACAAAUGCUUUAUUUCUGCCUGGUGUUCUGAAAGCACGUCUUUAAUUUCAUCAGAAAUAAUGGGGUCUCCUGUGUGCUUUGUGUCUGUGGUUCCUGAGCCCUCUCCAAAAUGUCUUCCUCUGGUCUGUUCCAAAAUGGUUGCAGAAAAGGGUCUCUGCUCAUCGUGAGUGCUGCUUCUAUGUUAGGGUUGGGUUUUUUCCCCCUAGGAGAGCUCCCUCCUUCUGCCACCCCGGUAGGUUCUUCAAGGGAUUUGCACCUUAGCAGCUUUCACUGUUAAGGGUUAGUAACAGGUGUAGCCAGUGCCAAAAGUCUGUAAAAUUAGGCAAGGGGAGGUAGACACUGGGUUUGCUCCAUGUAGGGGGUUUGAUGACGGUCCCCUUGUGGACCGGUGACACUGGGGAGGUGGGGUUGCCUGGGGUCUGCACAGGAAGAAUUGUGGACUUUGAUACCCUCCUGGUGGAUUUUGUGCUUCCCAGUCUCUUAAGUGCAGUUAGUUGGGCCUCUGUUCCUGAAGGUGAGUGGCCGUGGGGACCUGGGCUCCCGUGAUGUCCAGCACUGGGCUCUGAUCACCCCUGAGGAUUCCGUGCGCCACGGGACCUUUGACACCUGGGGAUCUGAGGAGCCCUGGUUUUGAUGUCUCUGGACCCUCCCAGACUGUUCAAGUCCUUCCUGUGUUACAGGUGGUUCCUCCAGAGUCAAACAGCGCCGCUGUCCCUGUCCUUGCUCCUGCCCAGCAGCACCCCUCCUGGCUUCCUGCUGCUCCUUGCCCGGGACAGCCAUCGUCAUGGCCGAGCGAGCACUGGCCCCCACCCAGUUGGGGCGGGGGGACCGUUACUACACGUACACCGAGCUCCUGGCCAUCUCGCGGCGCUUCAAGCAGAACCCCAACGAGCUCAUGGUCACCUGGAUCCUGCGAGUGUACGACCAGGGGGGCCCGGCCCUGUUCCUGAACUCGGGAGAGCUGGCACUCCUGGGCGACCUGACCGGCGACGCCAUCUUCAACUACCACUGCAAGACGCUGCGGGGCGGCUGCCAGACGCUGCUCGCCUGGCUGCUGCUGGCCUGGCGCCAGCGCUGGGAGUCCUUCCUGCACUUUGAGGCCACCGAGCUCCCCUUCCGCCCCUGGACCACCAUGGAGGAGGGCGUCCAGCUGGUGCGCGAGCUGGGCAUGCUCGACUGGAUCUACCGCGAGCCGCCCUCACCCCCCGCGCCCGAGCAGGGGCCCUGGCCGGCGCCCGAGGACGUGCCCUUCACGCAGGGCCUCCAGCGGCGCCUGCUGACGGCCGCGCCCUCCGAGCUGCGGCUCUCGCUGGUCAGCCUGCUGGUCAAGGGCAUGACGGUGCUGGAAGCGGUGAUGGAGAUCCAGACCAUCGCCGACGUGGGCCUGCUGUGGCGCCAGAGCCAGCCGGGCCGCGCCAAGCUCAUGUUGGGGCCCAACCCGACGCGCAAGGACCUCACGGGCUGGCUGCUGAGCCAUGGCGUCCCCAAGGAGAGGGUGGACAAGCAGCCCACCAAGGUCCUCCUGGAGCUCUACAUCAAGGAGGCCAAGCGCAGCCGCGGCCACCCUGCCUACGUGCUGGGGGACGAGCAGCCCCCGCCUCCCCCCUACUCAGACCAGGCCUGUGGGGAGGAGCCGCCCGCACCCGGGCGCCAUGACUAGCCCCUCCCUGGGCACGGUCUCCCCGCUGCUACUCUGCGGGGGGUGGGUGGUGCUGGGUUCCAGGAGAGACAGAGUCCAUGCCUCCUGAGCACCCCCAGGGGGGACUGAGGGGUGGUCCGUUUGCCCUUCUCCAGACUCCCAGGCCUCUCUGAGUGCUCGAGGUGCCCUUGCCUCCUGGCACCCUAUCGGUGUCACCAGCCAGAGUGGUGGAGGGAAGCGAGCCGGCCAGUAGCCCUUGGGUGCCUGUGCCCCCAUCCCCAGGGGCACAUGCCAUUACAUUUCAGUCUGUUACGCUUCAGGCCCAUUGGCAUGGUGGGCGGGCACCCCCACCCUGCCCCACCAGCCCCCAAAGCACUACGGGCCAAGUGGGAUCUCCCCACAGCCCACAACUUGAAAGCACCUUGAAGUUUGUACCCUUUUUCUUAAGCUAUUUUUAAAUGCAAUGUUUUUACCUAAUAAUUUAAGCACGUACAACA